AUGGAUACUUUAUUAAACUCGACUAAGACUAACCCUAGAGGUAUUCCAGAAGCACCGUUUGUAGAGAAAGUUGAAGACUAUAUCAGUGAUCUCAAUGAUUUCGAAUUAUGCUUCAGCAAAUUUCAAGAACGUCUAUCAAAGUACAAAUUCAUGCAAGAAGCUAAGCUUGGGAGCAUUAACCAGUUGAAAACCAAAAUUCCAGAUUUAGAGAGUGCAUUGUCUAUUUGUAACCUGUUGAAAUUAAAACAACAGGCUGGUGAUUCAGUUGUUGAAACAAGCUAUCAACUAAAUGAAACCCUUUAUUCUAAAGCUGCAAUUGAUACAUCAAAAGAUCUGAACGUGGGUCUUUGGCUGGGUGCAGAUGUUAUGUUAGAGUAUCCUAUUGAUGAAGCAAUUGAAUUCCUGGCAGGGAAGCUGAAAGAUGCUAAGCGUAAUUUAGAAAUAUCUAACGAAGACUUAGAGUUUCUAAGAGAGAAUAUCACUACCAUGGAGGUCAACUGCGCAAGAUUAUAUAACUGGGAUGUGGAAAAAAGACAAGCAUUAAAUAAAGCACAAAAAGGUACUGAACAGUUGAAGAUCUGA